UUGACUAGAAACAAGAGAAGAGCAACUCUCUCUCUCUCUCUCACAUAUGCUUCAUUUUAAAUCUUUCUUCUUGAAAUUAGAGUAAAACUUGGCCUAUAUAGCAGCACCUCACAGCUCAACAUAAGCCAGUCACUGUUGUCUGUCUUAGCUCUACUUCUUCUUCCACAAGCUAUACUUCCUGUUCAACUUUUUGUUUGAAUCUGCAGCCUCCUCUUCUGGGUUUCCUAGCUUAAAGGACUUAACUUUUAUUGAAGAUUAUACAAGUCCCAGUGCUUUUAGCUGAAGAGCUACUGUUUUGAAUUUGUGGGGUUGAAAGAAUGAAUGCUUCAAAGUUCAUUAAAUGUGUUACUGUUGGGGAUGGAGCUGUAGGGAAGACCUGCAUGCUAAUUUGCUACACCAGCAACAAGUUUCCUACUGAUUAUAUACCCACAGUGUUUGACAAUUUUAGUGCAAAUGUGGCUGUGGAUGGAAAUAUUGUCAAUUUGGGGCUAUGGGACACUGCAGGUCAGGAGGACUACAGCAGGUUGAGGCCACUAAGUUACAGAGGUGCAGAUAUAUUUGUGUUGGCUUUCUCUCUAAUUAGUAGAGCAAGCUAUGAGAAUGUUCUUAAGAAGUGGAUGCCAGAACUUCGCCGAUUUGCGCCUAAUGUUCCAAUUGUCCUUGUUGGGACAAAGCUUGAUCUUCGUGAGGACAUGCGCUAUCUAGCUGAUCAUAUGGGAUCGAACAUCAUAACUUCUGCUCAGGGAGAGGAGUUGAGAAAGCAAAUAGGAGCCGCAGCUUAUAUUGAAUGCAGCUCUAAGACCCAACAGAAUGUCAAAGCGGUGUUUGACACUGCCAUCAAGGCUGUUCUUCAACCUCCAAGAAGGAAGGAUAUGGUUAAGCAGAAAAGGCACCGAAGGUCUGGUUGCUCAAUUGUGAGCAUUGUCUGUGGAGGAUGUGACGCUUAGGAUGAAGCCAGGCAAGCAAAGGCAUUGAAUUUACAGGCAACUGCUGUAGGGGAGUUUACAGGCUUAUUCCUGAAAGCUAAUAUAUUCUUAUGUGUGUAUUGUUCUAGUUUUGAGUAUGGGAUUUCUUAUGUCUACUUUGCCAACUGCUGACUGCUGGGGAAAGCGGAGGGAAUUGUUCAUUCUCUCAUGUAUUUGGUGUAUGGUUGAUUCCUAAAUUAUAACUAAUUUCUAUUACUACUCCCUCUUCCUAGAUCAUAUGGCACUUCAUAUUGUUGUGGUUGUGUUGA